AGCGCACGCCGAGGUCCCGGCUGGACUGGAGCCUGAGCCCCCUGGGCGGGGAGCGGGGACGCGGGAGGAAGAGAUGCGAGUGGGUGGUUGCAGUAGAGGCCCACGGGACGGGUACCUGACAGCAAAGGAGGCUGCUGCGGCCGGUCUCCGCAGAGCCUGGGUCCUCGAGGCUGUGGCUGCAGUGCCCCUCGCCGGCCACGUCAUGUCGCAGGCCUCUGCAAUGUCGCCACCUCUGCGCUCCCUCCUCCUGGCCCUGGGCCUGGGGCUGGCUGGAACCCUCAAGCCCAAUGACCCCAAUACCUGCAGCUUCUGGGAAAGCUUCACCACCACCACCAAGGAGUCCCACUCCCGGCCUUUUAGUCUGCUCCCCUCGGAGACCUGCAGUCGGCCCUGGCAGAGCCCCCACUCCUGCCCUCAGCCCACGGUUGUCUACAGGACUGUCUACCGCCAGGUGGUGAAGACGGACCACCGGAAGCGCCUGAAGUGCUGCCAGGGCUUCUACGAGAGCCGUGAGGCCUGCGUGCCACUUUGUGUCCAGGAGUGUGUGCAUGGCCGCUGUGUGGCCCCCAACCAGUGCCAGUGUGUGCCAGGCUGGCGAGGUGACGACUGCUCCAGUGACUGUCCCCCGGGAGUGUGGGGACCACAGUGUGACAAGCCCUGCAGCUGUGGCAACAGCAGCUCCUGUGACCCCAAGAGUGGGGCAUGUUCCUGCCCCUCUGGUCUGCAGCCCCCCCAUUGCCUUCAGCCCUGCUCCCCUGGCCGUUAUGGCCCUGCCUGCCAGCUCUCCUGCAACUGCCACGGGGCACGCUGUGACCCCCAGACUGGAGCCUGCUUCUGCCCCCCAGAGAGAACGGGGCCCAGCUGUGAGGUGUCCUGUCUCCAGGACACUGUUGGCUUCCACUGCCCCAGCACCUCUCCUUGCCACAACGGGGGUGUCUUCGAGGCCUCCCGAGGCUCCUGCAGCUGCCCACCUGGCUGGAUGGGCGCCAUCUGCACCCUGCCCUGCGCCCAGGGCUUCCAUGGACCCAACUGCUCCCAGGAAUGUCGCUGUCACAACGGUGGCCUCUGCAACCCGUUGACUGGGCAGUGCAGCUGCGCUCCUGGCUACAUGGGGGAGCGGUGCCAAGAGGAGUGCCCGGUGGGCCACUUCGGACAGGACUGUGUGGAGACGUGCGACUGCGCCCCCGGGGCCCGCUGCUUCCCCAACGGCGCGUGUCUGUGCGAACACGGCUUCACCGGGGACCGCUGCACCGAGCGCCUCUGCCCCGACGGCUUCUAUGGCCUCAGCUGUCAGAUGCCCUGCACCUGCGACCCAGAGCACAGCCUCAGCUGCCACCCGAUGAGCGGGGAGUGCUCGUGCCAGCCGGGCUGGGCCGGCCUUCACUGCAACGAGAGCUGCCCGCUGGACACGCACGGGCCCGGCUGCCGGGAGCAUUGCCUCUGCCUGCACGGCGGCCUCUGCCUGCCCGACAGCGGCCUCUGCCGGUGCGCGCCCGGCUACACGGGCCGGCACUGCGCUAGCCUCUGUCCGCCCGACACUUACGGACUCAACUGCUCCUCUCGCUGCUCCUGCGAGAAUGCCAUCGCCUGCUCCCCUAUCGACGGCGCCUGCAUCUGCAAGGAAGGUUGGCAGCGUGGUAACUGCUCUGUGCCCUGCCCACCUGGAACCUGGGGAUUCGGUUGUAAUGCCAGCUGCCAGUGUGCCCACGAGGCAGCCUGCAGCCCCCAGACUGGAGCCUGUACCUGCACCCCUGGGUGGCACGGGGUCCACUGCCAGCUCCCCUGUCCAAAGGGGAAGUUUGGUGAAGGCUGUGCCCAUCGCUGUGACUGUGACCACUCUGAUGGCUGUGACCCUGUUCAUGGACACUGCCAGUGCCAGGCUGGCUGGACAGGUACCCGCUGCCACCUGCCCUGUCCUGAGGGCUUCUGGGGAGCCAACUGUAGCAACACCUGCACCUGCAAGAAUGGGGGCACCUGCCUCCCCGAGAAUGGCAACUGUGUGUGUGUGCCUGGAUUCCGGGGUCCCUCCUGCCAGAGACCCUGCCAGCCUGGCCGCUAUGGCAAACGCUGUGUGCCCUGCAAGUGUGCUAACCACUCCUCCUGCCACCCCUCCAAUGGAACCUGCUACUGCCUGGCUGGCUGGACUGGCUCAGACUGUUCUCAACCAUGCCCUCCAGGACGCUGGGGAGACAGCUGCGCCCAGCCCUGCCAGUGUCACCAUGGCGGGACCUGCCACCCCCAGGAUGGAAGCUGUUUUUGCCCCCCAGGCUGGACCGGACACCUCUGCUUGGAAGGCUGUUCUCCAGGGAUGUUUGGUGCCAAUUGCUCCCAACCAUGCCAGUGUGGUUUUGGAGAGAGGUGCCACCCAGAGACCGGGGCCUGUGUGUGUCCUCCAGGGCACAGUGGUGCCCCCUGCAGGAUUGGAAGCCAGGAACCCUUCACCAUGAUGCCUACCUUUCCAGUGCCCUAUAACUCACUGGGGGCCGUGAUUGGCAUCGCAGUGCUGGGGUCCCUGGUCGUGGCCCUGGUGGCAUUGUUCAUCGGCUACCGCCGUUGGCAAAAAGGCAAGCAGCACCAACACCUGGCAGUGGCGUACAGCAGCGGGCGACUGGACGGCUCUGAGUACGUCAUGCCAGAUAUCCCUCUGAGCUACAGUCACUACUACUCAAACCCCAGCUACCACACCCUAUCCCAGUGCUCACCUAACCCUCCACCCCCUAACAAGGUUCCCGGCAAUCAGCUCUUUGCCAGCCUCCAGGCCCCUGAGCGGCCAGGUGGGGCCCAUGGGCCUGACAACCAUACCACGCUGCCUGCGGACUGGAAGCACCUGGACAGGGGUAGCAGCCGCUUGGACCGAAGCUACAGCUGUAGCUACGGCAACAGUAAUGGCCCAGGCCCAUUCUACGGUAAAGGACCCAUCUCUGAAGACGGGCUGGGGGCCAGUAUGGCUUCCCUGAGCAGUGAGAACCCCUACGCCACCAUCCGGGACCUGCCCAGCCUGCUAGGGGGCCCCCGGGAGAGCAGCUAUGUGGAAAUGAAAGGCCCCCCCUCAGGAUCUCCCCACAGGCAGCCUCCUCAGCUCCCGGCCAGCCAGAGGCCGCGAUACCCCCAGCCACAGCCGCAGCCGCAGCCGCAGAGAGACAGUGGUACCUAUGAGCAGCCUAGUGUUCUGCCCCAUGACCCAGACUCCGUGGGCUCCCAGCACCCCCAGCCUCUGGGCCCGACCCCCGGCCACUAUGACUCGCCCAAGAACAGCCACAUCCCUGGACACUAUGACUUGCCUCCUGUACGGCACCCCCCAUCCCCCCCACUUUAGCACCGGGACCCCUGAGGGGCCAAGAUGGUGUGCAGAGGCCAGCACACCUGUUCUUGCUGCCCAAGGCUGGGGACAGAGCCGGCUGAACCCUGCCAGGAGCAGGGAGAGGUCUGGCAGGCCGUGAACAUGAACAUGUUUAUGAACAAGUUUAAUAGAGGAAGUGAACGGAGAGAUGGGAGCCUGGCUCCCGCCUCCACACUGGGACCCUGGUUGGCAGGAAGCCUGCAGUCCCUUUCCCCAACCCACUGCCCAUCAAGGCUGCCAGGGCCUGUGUACAUAAACUGGUGGGUUGGACAUUGCUGGAUAACUCUGAUUUCAUAUUGAUGUAAAAAAAUGUAUAUUGAGCACCUUUUCUCUGCACUCCCAGGCUGGGCUCUGUGUGUGUGCUGGUAUGUGUGUAUAUGUGAGCUUCUGCGUGUGUGUGUGUGUGUGUGUGUUUUCAGAGGGGUACCAGGGAUAGGCCCUCUCCUAUGGCUCUCACCAUUUAGCAGAGAGGCAGCCCCAAGCCAGUUCACUGGCUGCCUGCAUUCACUUAGUACUCCUUCCAGCCAACUGCUCCAAAUACAAGCUGAUUGGGUGGCCGCUGUCUGAGAGUCUUCAUGCUGCCCCAUUGUUCCUGGCCAGAGUCAGACUGUCAAAGGCCUUAAGCCAGUGGUUCUCAACCUUCUGGCCCUUUGAAUACAGUUCCUCGCGUUGUGACCCAACCAUACAAUUAUUUUCGUUGCUACUUCAUAACUGUCAUGUUGCUACUGUGAUGAAUCGUCAUGUAAAUAUCUGAUAUGCAGGAUGGUCUUAGGCGACCCCUGUGAAAGGGUCCUUCGACCGCCAAAGGGGUGGCAACCCACAGGUUGAGAACCGCUGUCUUAAGCAAAGGCUCUGCUGGCCUCCUGCUGUGCCUUCAGCCUCACCCUGAACUGUGUUCGCUGUCACUCUGCCUCAGUAACUCUGGCUUCUAGGUCCUCCUGUCGGCCACACUUCUUGCUGCCACAGGGACCUCACACGUCUGGCAUGCUCUUCUCCCCCACUCACCUGUUAGCCUCCAUUUGUCCUUCACACCCCCUCCUCUGGGAAGCACCUCUCUCAUAGCGCUAAUGACAGCUGCAUGCAUUCCCCCGAUGCCUGCAGAAGGCCUGCAGGGCACCAGGCACCUCUGUAAUGUGUUGUUUCUUUAUGUGAUUCUUUGAUGAAUUUCUGCUUCUCCCACCAGUCUGUAAGUUCCCUGUGUUUAUGUUCGACAUUGGUUCCCCUUGGCACACAGUAGGCACUCAAUAAAUGUUCCCUAAAAGA